AGGGCCUCGAUGUGCCUAUCGACAUGGACGACCACAUGGGCCUCCAUGUCGGACUCAGCGAUGCCACUGCUAACACCAUACGCAGUGCCAUAAUCGGCGAUGUCAACGGGAAGUUCUCUACUGUCUUCGGACAGAAACUCGCCACCAUGCAGAAGAAGCAGAACUUCGCCUUUGCGAUUGUCGCCGGCAAUCUUUUUGCAGAGCCCGAUACGAUCACUGAGGAGGAGAAAGUAGAGCAAGAAAAGCUUCUCGCCGGCCAGAUUGAGAUUCCUGUCACGACAUAUUUCACGAUCAGCACGCGCGCACUCCCAUCGCCAGUCCUUGAGAGACUACGAAACAACAAUGGCGAGCUUUGCCCGAAUCUCAGUGUUCUUGCCCGUAAAUCUCUCUUCAAGACGUCAGAAGCAUUUAAGAUCGUCACUCUGGGUGGCAACUACGCCGAUGUGUUGCCCGACGACGCCGACGAGUACACUGCCAAGUAUACUGACAAGGACAUCGGCGAAGCUGCUGCGUUCGGCGAGGUGGACAUCCUGAUCACCAGCGACUGGCCUGCAGAAAUCAGGAUCGGGUCUAAGAAUCAGUACGAAGGACGCUCACCGCCCGGAAUCCGAGGCUUGGGCGACUUGGUCAGCGCACUAAAGCCUCGAUAUCACUUCUCCACUUCGCAGCGAUUCUUCGAGCGCGAGCCCUUCUUCCAUAAUGCGGAGCCUCCACGACCGAUCACUCGCUUCGUUAGUGUUGCACCGUUUGGUACUGUCAAGUCAAGCGGCGCGGGUGCCGAGAAAUGGAUCGCUGCAUACAAUCUGGAGCCAUCAGCGCCUGCUCCGCAGGUCCCACCUGAGGGAACCACGGCGACUCCUUUUGUGCAGACGAGAAAGCGCAAAUCUAUUGAUGCAAAUGGUGGAGCUCAGAAUGGGUUCCGCUUCGCCAGCGGCGGAGGACGCUCAUACAACGACUGGGAUGGAGAUCAGGGCCGACCGUACAAGCGCGGCAAGCGGCAACAUCAGCGCAACCAGCGACAAGAACCACAGGAAUGCUACUUCUGUCUUGGCAAGAACAACGCCGAAGUGCACAUGAUUACUUCGAUCGGAGACAAUGCGUACAUGACCAUCGCCAAAGGCCCUCUGGCAACCCGGCAGACCUUUCCAAAGCUUGGCAUUCCUUGCCACAUGCUGAUAAUUCCGGUGGAACACGCGCCAACCAUCCAGGCGCUGAACGAAGAAACUCGUGAAGCGACACACAAAGAGAUGAGUCGGUACCGCGAUGCCCUUCACAACAUGAUUUCGAGUAAAUCUACCUCUGGUGCAGACGGAGAAGCCGAACUCGGUGCAGUGACCUGGGAGAUCAGCAGAGGCGGCGGUGUGCAUUUGCACUGGCAAUUCCUCCCUGUACCCGUCGCGAUGGUCAAAGACGGCCGUAUAGAGGCUGCAUUCGAUGUGGAGGCCGAAAACCAGCACUAUCCGAGAUUCGCCAAGACAGAUGGAGAGAAAGCCGCUGCACAGGAGGGUCACUACUUCAAAGCUAUGAUCUGGUCGGAAGGAAGCGAGAAGGAAAUAGUGUUGCCUCUCGACGAGACUUUCCGAUUCGAUCUACAGUUUGGGAGAAGAGUACUCGGGAAAUUGAUGGGCCUUGAGGAGCGAAGCCACUGGCGCGAUGUGGCACAGAGCCAAGCAGAGGAGGAUGCGGACGCUUCCGCUUUCAAAGAGGCUUUCAAGCAAUACGACUUCACGUUGACGGACGAUGACUGAAUCGAGGCAUGCUGAAAAUGGAGCGCCUGGCACGACGAAUUGCGAUCUGCAUGAGUGUAAAUUCGAGUUCCAGAGGCCCUCCCAUGCAUCGCGACAUUUGGAUUCGGGCAAGUGCAUCAGAC